AGUCACGAUUAACUGCAACUCUGCGCACUGCAACAACCUGUAUAUUGCUUUUCAUUAGUGAUACCAAUCAACAAUAUGUGUGUCCACAGUAAAUUUCAACAUAUUUAGUUACGUUGUAGUUACGACCGUUACGGGUGUCGUUAGCAAAGUUAUUUGUUCAUAGAUCGAAUUAUCGGCAGUUUAAUCGACGACGAAUCAAAACGUAUUAGGAGUAGUCGUAUCAGACAAACGCUUGUUCAUUUAUUUUAACUCAAUUGAAUUGCGUGAUAUGGGGAAAUAGCAAAUUGGGUAAAGUUUACCCAUUGAAUACAUUUCCGGAUAUGUUAUCACAGUUAAUAUUCGAUGAACCGAACAGUCCAAUCGACAGCGAAAAUAUUUCGACAACUACGUUAGCCGAUCGCAUAUCAAUAGUCCUUCCCGCUAACACAUCAAUCAAUUUGAUAGCAGCCACGACAAAUUCAACGAUUACAAAGAGUGUGGGUACUUUCAACGGAACAUCGGCCGCUCUACCAACGGUAGAAGGAAUUUUCAUAAGUUUAUUGCUACUUAUUGUCAUCUUCGGCACGGUGAUUGGAAAUAUUUUAGUCUGUGUUGCCGUUUGUUUGGUACGAAAACUUCGUCGACCAUGCAAUUACCUAUUGGUAUCGCUAGCUGUGUCCGAUCUAUGUGUUGCCGUUCUAGUCAUGCCAUCUGCGAUGCUAUAUGAGGUAAUGGGCCGAUGGAAUUUUGGCAUGAUACUGUGCAACAUCUGGGUCGCAUUUGAUGUACUGUCCUGCACCGCAUCCAUAUUGAAUCUGUGCGCGAUAUCCCUCGAUCGCUUUUGGGCCAUCACAAAACCGCUAAAGUAUGGCGUAAAACGAACUCCUCGCCGUAUGAUGUUGUGCGUGGCACUGGUUUGGAUGGGGGCUGCUUGUAUCAGUCUUCCGCCAUUACUCAUUUUGGGUAACGAACAUAAGGGAGAGAAUGGCGAACCGAUAUGCAUUGUGUGCCAGAAUUUUGCUUAUCAAAUCUACGCAACACUAGGUUCAUUUUAUAUACCACUCGCUGUGAUGUUAUUCGUAUACUAUCAAAUAUUUCGGGCGGCUCGACGAAUAGUUAUGGAUGAAAAGCGAGCCCACACACACCUAGAAAUAAACGAUGGUCCGAUAGGAAAAUUAUCAAAGUCACAAAAUGGACCAUCGAACGGAACAUCAAAUCGAAAGAAGAAGCGAAAUAAGCUAGCUAAUGAACGUAAAGCGUCAACAACACUUGGUAUUAUUAUGUCUGCAUUUAUCGUCUGUUGGCUACCGUUUUUUAUAUUGGCUUUAGUUCGACCCUUCUUAGGCGAACAAUACCAAAUACCACAAUCAUUAUCUUCAGUAUUUCUAUGGCUCGGCUAUCUGAACUCGAUGCUGAAUCCCAUAAUAUACGCCACGCUGAACAAAGACUUUCGUAAACCGUUUCGGGAGAUGUUGUGCUUCCGCUGUUCUCGAAUGAAUGUAAUGAUGCGCAAAGACGUUUAUCGCGAUUUAUACGGUGAGCCGUCUCAACGUUUCAUGCUUGGCAGUGAAGGUUUAGGGGAAAGUUUACUUUAAAUGGAAGCUAAAGUGUUUCUGCCGUUUAAUAUUCUCACCGUUUGCAACAGCUCCGUCAGAGAUUGGGAACUGUUUAGAUUUAGGCACAUCUUAGUAUUUUUAGAUAAUUGUUUCCGAUUUUCAGUUGAGAAAGAAUAUACGACUUCAAGUUACUUACCAACCUUUUACUUCCUUUAUUUAAACGAACUGAUUGAUAAACCAUCUGCACAGGAAAUGUAUUGCUCUUGAUUAGUGCAUAGCCGAAAAACCUUUACAUCCUUGAAAAGUUCUUGAAAUUUUGAGAAUAAAGUUGCAAGAAUCGGAAGUGAUUUGAGCAGAAAAUUUUUCAUCGUCAUACUCCGCCAAUAAUGUUGGUUUGUAAUCAGUGAUCAUGCUGAGUUCAGUCACUAUGAUGGCCAAGACAUUCUUUGGAGAACCAAACAAGGCAGUUGUUUCGACAUUAAUUUUUACGAUGUACUAAAGACACACAUCGAGUAACUCAUGUGAAGGAGGCCUGUAACCCGUAUAGCCAGCCAGUCUCGGCAACGGUUAUCAUCUAUUAUCGAAAACGACUUCGAGAACAAACGACAAGCUCUGACUAAUGGUCUUUUAUAAAGCAAAAAUCAUGUUCAAAUAAUUGAAGUAGAAGAUCUGAAACCAAUCUCUUGAAAAUAUUUAGAUAAAGUAACGAAGUAAUAGAUUCGAUAGUAAGAGAAGCGUAAAAACGAGGUUAAAAAUGACAAACAGUAGUUGGAUCGCCAUAGCACCAAAUUUGAAUUUAAACAGUCGACUCGACUCCUCCAUUGUGAUCAUUCGUAGCACUGCUCCUAGCAUUAACACAUAGAAAUAGGGCGUAGGGUAAUCUGGCACACAGUACUAAGAUACCACACUUUUCAACUACGUAAAAGAUGAACUCACACAAAAUUUCCCGUUACCGAAAUUUCGUAAAAGGGAACAUUAAGUGUAUGAUAGGGCUAAUAAAUAAUCGUAGCAUUAAAUUUGCGUGUGCGAAAUUGUGAAAAAUGGAUUUAAAAAUGUUAGUUUUUUUUCGGGGUGGCAAAUUUUCCGAUACCUGUUUUCCAAUGGUCCCUAAAAUUGGAGACGUUUGACUCAAGUGUUAAUGUAAGAAGCAGUGCUAUAUGGUUCAUUAUAUAAAAUCGACAUACGUAAUUUGGUCCUUAAUUCAGCUGUCAAAAAACGAUCAGCUCCUACAUGUUUACUUUGAUAUGUCGUGGACACGGACAAGGCUUGGAAAAUUCAUUAACAUUAAAACGAUCCAAACUGCUCAGAACUUUGACCGAUUUUGUCUAGAAGUUGUGUGCCGUGGAACAUUUUUUGCUCAAGUUGUUGAUUUUGCGAAGCGCGAAAGAGAUCAGAGAUCAGGCAAUAUUUUGCUUCAGAUUAUUUGACCAAACGUCAAAUACGUUGUAACAUCGGUACUUAAAAACCCUCUCCAGCUCAAAAUUAAGCCAAAGAACCAAUCACUAAAUUCUUACGAUAAUCUGGUUUGGCUAACGAUCCAGCGUGAAAAUAAUUCACAUUAAACGAAUAAUAUAAAAGAUGAAAGUAACAUUUUUCUCUUCUGUCUAGUUAAUUGAUGU